AGAAAAGAAGAAGAAGAAAAUCAGAAGAAAGGAAAGAAAAGAGAAAAUAUUUGAACGGAUACAUUCCUGAGAUCUCUCUCUCGCCCAGCGACCAUGUCGAACCAGCUGGUGGGCACGGUGUUCGAUCUCGUCAUCCAGGAGGUCUGUGAUUCCUCUCAGGUUGAUUUCGAAGAGAGUGGUGUGGACCAGCAGACGUUGUUAGACCUGCGACAGAGCUGGCAGAAAAAACUCUCGUCGCUUGCUGUCGCUCAGUUCCCUUGGGAUCCGCCGCCGCCCCAAGCUGCCCCGACCCAGUCUCAGAACCAGAUCCUUCCUCCUACUGCGACCGUGCCGUCGAAUGCUCCCAGACCUAACCCUCCUCCCCAGACUCAACAACAACAUGUUCCUCACUCAACACCACAAUCUGUCUCCGGCACAGUGCCGCCGCUCCAGGCACCCACACCCGUUGGAGCAGCUUCCAAUAUGAACCAACAACCCUACAUCAAGACUGAGCCCGGAUUGAACGGCCAAGCAGGGUACCCUCCCAUGAAUAACAUGAUGUCAGCAAACCCCAACCCUCAGUCGGCCCGUGAACGUGCUGCUACCUUGAUGCAACAACGAUUCGGGGCUGCUGCCGCCAACUCCGUCAGUCAACUUCAAGCUCAGUCACAGACACAGCCACCGCCGUUGACCAUGCCAGGACAUCCGCGUCCACAGAACCCUCAGCCACAGCCACAGCAACAACAGCAACAGUACCAGGUGUCCAACGGUCAGGCCCCGCAGAUCAAACAGGAACCCGGUUACCCGCCCAUGAACCAGCCAUUCCUGGGCAAUGCUCAAACCGAUGGCGCUGGUGACGCAUUGUCAGAGUGGAAAGCAGAGGUUGCUCGACGGCGGGAAGCUGCCCAGCGUGAGCCGGGUCAGAACGACAGAGUCCUCCGUGAGCACUUGAAACAGCGUAUGCUCGACAUGGAGGGUGGUGGUCUUCUCGCUCCGUUGGAGGAGCGUCAACAAAAGCCAUCAUCAACCACUCGAAAACUUACUGCUGAUAUGGCGGCUCCUGACGCAGAGCCGUCCUCGUCGAUUUCGAUUACACAAGUACCCCGAGCACAGGCACAAUUCGACGGCCCUGGCGGUGAUGACGAGGGCGAGGAAGACGACGAAGACGCUAUCAACUCCGACCUAGAUGAUCCUGAAGACCACGAGGCUGAUGAGAAUGAAGCUGAAGAUGCCGUUGGACAGGUCAUGCUCUGUACCUAUGACAAGGUGCAGCGGGUGAAGAACAAGUGGAAGUGUACCUUGAAGGACGGUAUUCUGACCACUGGCGGUAAAGAAUACGUCUUCCGUAAGGGCCAAGGCGAGUUUGAAUGGUAGAUCUCAAGCCCAAGUUGUGGUAUUCUUUGGCUCUGUUCUUGCUCUUGUACCUUUCUUCGUCAUAAAAGCCACGCGGAAAGUCUCGCUACGGAAUACGAGAAACAAGGAAAACAAAAGAAAACCAAAAAAUCAAUCUUCAAAAAAAAAGGGAUAAGAAAGUGGUGAACGAAAAGAAAUUGCAAUACUUGGUUCCUACCCACAGAAUGAACGAAAUUCAAAUUCCCCAUUAUCAAGGUUUUUUAUGAAAACAGCGUGUACUCUACAAAAUUCGGCUUUAUCUGUUUUCCUUUUUUUUCCCCCAUGUCUUGUCACCCUUAGAUUCCUGACGACAUCAAUAUCAAUCAUCUGGCGCUAACUCGUGAGGACGAC